GCUCCCGAUUUUAGGGAUGCUCUAAGAAUUCCUGAGCCAUUUCCCUAGCGGAGUAAACAGACGAGUUCCGUUGCGAAAUAAGGGGAGAAGAACGUUGUGCGGCGCUGAGAGUUCAAGGACGGUCCCCGAGAGUAACCGAAUCCCCCGGCCUGAGAAGAGAGGAGCCGAGUCAGCUGCCCGGGCCCGGCCAUGAGUCACCUCAGCGGGGAUGGCGGGGCAGUUCGGUCCCUCCUGGAUUUAUGCCUUUACUGCUUAACAGAGAAUAUUUCAAGAUAUGCUGCGGAUAUUCGGCCCUUGCCUCCCAACAUCAAAGAUAGGCUGAUUAAAUCACUGAGCAUUCAAGGAUGGAUAACCGAUUCAAAUAUUAGUAUGGUUCUGCACCCUGCUGUGGAGGCAUUAGAUCUUCAAGUCUGUGAUAUUUCAGAUAAUGCUCUGCAACAGCUUAGUAACUGCAAGCAACUUAAAAAAAUAAACUUAAAUGUUUGGAAAGAUAAGAGACUAACCAUCACUUCAGAAGGAGUUGCAGCCCUGGCCUCCUCAUGCCCUUAUUUGCGUGAAGCUUCUUUUAAACGGUGCAGCAACCUUACAGAUACCGGGGUCCUUGCCCUAGCACAUAAUUGCCAACUUCUACAAGUCUUAAACAUUGGUGGAUGCUCCAGGAUCACAGACACAUCAUUGCAUGCCCUUGGAAAGCACUGUCGGCAUCUGCACAGUGUGGAUUUUUCAUCUACUUGCGUUACUGAUGAUGGCGUUAUAGCACUUGUUAGUGGAAUAUGUUCAAAGAAUUUAAAGGAGAUCCACAUGGAGCGGUGUGUGAAUCUAACUGACAUAGCUGUGGAAGCUGUCUUGACUUGCUGUCCUAUGAUAUACAUUUUUCUCUUUCAUGGAUGCCCUCUGAUAACGGAUCGUUCCCAAGAAGCUUUGGAACAGCUGGUUGGACCAAACAAAUUUAAGCAAGUUUCAUGGACUGUUUACUGAUUUUUGUUCAGCCUGUAUCAUUUACUCGCUGGAGUGAUCUGUUGUCACCCAAGUAAUUUCUGUCCAAGAGCUGUAUUAAUCCUCUGUUGGUGUUAUAAGAAAAAGAAGGGCAUUGUAUUCUUUGCAGGGCUUUUUGCUCCACAUUACAAGUAUAGAGCGGGAACAUUUUUUUUAAUUCUUCAGAAGGUCAGCACUGAAUUGGACUGAAUCCAAAGGUGCUCUUCUGCUUAUAGGCUCCUUCCAUGAGUAAUGGUGCUCUGCGUUCCAGUGAGAAGUCCUGCACUAGCAAAGGGCCAACUACAAAUCCAGUGUGUGGGGGUGAACCAGCAAGGCUUGGGAGCUAGCAGAGUUAAAUGUCUUAUCAGGCAUCCCUUUGAGGACCAAGUAUGUUCCAAACCAGGUCUUGUAACUGGAGAUGUGUUUUCUUUGUGCUGUGUCUUGUUUUCAAAAUAAAAUCUUCAAGUUUCAAA